UCUUUCUCGUUAGAUGUCACAGAAUCUGGAAAGACGGUGGGGGUCAUUACGAGCAAUCCCUUACGAGCCCAAAUCUCCGAGCCCGGAAUCGGUCUUUGCCAGGAACCAACGUCGGAUAAAAGAAUACGAGCUUGCGCGCGAGCAGGAGGACAUUCGAGCCCACUAUCGUCGUCAGAUAGACGAGGUCAUUGAAAAGAAGAGAAAAGUCCUUCGGGAAGCCAUCUAUCCGGAGCCCAACCCAGGACCUAGGCCAAUUCCCCUCGACCCAGCGCUAAAAGUCACGGUUGCAUACCGCCCAGGGGAACUCCAGUUUUCCUUAAUGACGGAGCCUUCGUAUUCACAGCCUAGGAGGGAGAUGUUUGAAGCCGAAUUCUACCAGAGCUCGGUUACCACCACCGACCAAAUAACUGAUAUCUUGGCCCUCCAUGGCCUUAGUUCGUUGGACACACUGAAGUGUCGAACUCCGACAAGGCACGAACGGAGCUGUUCCGCCCCUGGGGGUUGCGAUUCCAGUGUAAAAUACGCGGCCUGGAGCCAGGAACAUAUAAGGGCAAGAGCUCUGCUGCCCCUGAAGUCCUUUUUCAGCGACUUCAUUGAUUUCGUUGGGUUGGCUCCAUUCCAACUCAACACCAAUUCAUACAGAGUGCUGUCUGCCCUGAGGUCCUUGUUCCACGAGCUGGGGUGGACAGGGCCUUCACCCCAAGAGAUUUUAUAUCUCUUUUGUUUGAAGAGUAAUCCCUCCCGAGCUCGGGGAGGAGAUGGCUUUUACUAUCUUUCGAGCUACCCCAAAGAGACAAAGAUCUUUGAAGAUCUUCCGAACCACCCUCCUGACUUCAAGAAGGCUUUUUUCUGGACAGACGGUCUGUCCCCGUCUCGACACCGUUCGUUCAGACGGAUCCGUAAGUAUUCUCGUUACUUUCUAUUUUUAAGCUCGGAAUUUUAGCCUUAAAAUCCAUAUUUAGUUGAAAUGUACCUCGUCUUUCAGCUAACUUUCAGCGUCCCACCCCUGACGAAACAAUGACGGAGCACAGAGAGGCCCUGCUCCGACUCCCCUACGGCAGGCGGUCUCUCUCAUUUCUAUUACAUGAGGACAAGCUACGAGCUUGUGGGUUGUUGGGACAGGGCCAGUCAACCUCUGACUGGUCCAGUAAAAAAUACGAACGCUGGGAGGAAGUGCCACUGCCCACAGGCACCCUUCCUCCGAGGAGAGAAAGGAAAGCGUCUCUCCCAAUUCGCUCGAGAAGUCCGCGGUCGGGAAAUGAGGCCAAUGAGGAAGCCUCGAGUUCGGACUCCGGUGGAGGUAAAAUCCUUCCUACUUAGCGAAUGUGGUCCCCCACUUUAUUAAAACACAGGCCCAAUAGACUAGUCUAGUGCCCACAGGAUAGAUAUCACUUCUACAUAUGGAGUUGGGUAGAUGACUGCGUUCAUAGGUUUGAUAGUGGGCUCGGGAAAUACGACACUAUGUAUACCACGGACGAGGUGUGGAAUGGGAUAGCUGUGCAGUAUGGGACCAAUGAUUAUAGGGACCUUUCGACGUUAUCACCAACUUAUAGGGAAGGCACUCCCCCCGCCUCUUCUGAAGACGGGGGAAUUUCAUGGUCCCCAAGCUCAAGCUCGGGGGAAAGUUCCAGCGAUAUGGACUCCGACCUCGACGCCCUUAUUGACAAUGCGGGUGCCAAGAGGAGCAAACGCCCCAGGGCAGGGGGACUGAAAACCAGCCAGCCUGGGAAAGGCUCCAAGAGAUCUAGGAAAACGCCUCCUCCUCCCCCGCCGGCUUCGAGCUUUGCUGUAGCGUCGACCGGCCAGACUAACGCCCCUACGACGAUGCCACCCUCGCAGGCCGUCGUCUCUGUGGUGGCGCCGGCCUCGCAGACUGGUAUCCCUGCCGUGGUCGAAUCCCAACCUCCUGUGGCGGGUCAAACGCCUUCUACUCAGCUUGCCAAGAGACCUUCUGCUUCCCGAGCUCAGAAGCUAACCAUCUCCACCCAUAUGGAUUCGUAUGUGGUGGAUAACGCUGCCGGACCUCACGGAUCUACGCUGAUCUCGGAUGUAAUGUCCCGGAUCGGCCAGAGCUACGGCAGUUUCGAGGCUCCUCAGUGGCAGUGUCUAACUGGCACCCGAGACCGCACUGUCCUGUACGAGAAGAGUAUCGAGCACACUGCCGCGGCUCUUGCUUUCACUGCCCAGCUCAAUUACGAGCUGAACAACGAGAUCCAUUCGAGCAGGACCCACGCCCAAGAGGAGAGGGACCUCCACCUUAGAGCGAAUGAUGACCUGAAGGCGGCGAAUACUAAGCUCGAGGCAGUGGUUAAGGAGCGUGAGGAAAUGGCCAAGGAGCUCGGAAAGCUGAAAAACGAACUCGAGGAGCAAAAGAAAGAUAACAUCCAGCUUCGGGAGACCAAUAAGAAGCUCGAGGAAGACAAGGCCGUCACCCUCGACCUUAUGGAGGAUAUCAAAACCCGCCUUACUGCCGAGUACAAAGAAAAGAAGGAAACGGCAGUCGAUUCAGCCAUGUACCGGAUGUGGGCCUAUAACGAAGAACUGGACACCAGUUUUUUGGGUCCCCACGAGGCGACCUUCCUCGAACGAUGGAAUGCUCGGCUCGAGAAGGAAGAGGCUGAACGGCUUGAGAAAGAGAAGGCUGAGCAGCUCGAGAAGGAAAAGGCUGCUCCGGGUAUCGUUUCGGAGGGAGCUCAGGAGGAUAGUCAUGCUAUUCGUCCUGAGGGGUCCGGUGCCGCUGAGAAGGCCAAGGAGAUUCCUCUUCAAUGAGUCUGACCUCAGGGAGAUCAGUCAUCGGGGCUGCGUCCCCUUAUGUAAUUAUUGUGAAUUACGCCCAUGGGGCUGAUACAAUUUCUUUAACUAAUUUAAUUUUUUUACAUGCUUUACA